CAGAGGCUUCAGUCUAAGGCACUGAGCGUAUCAUGUUGAAGAUGAGCGGGUGGCAGCGACAGAGCCAAAAUCAGAGCUGGAACCUGAGGAGAGAGUGUUCAAGAAGGAAGUGUAUCUUCAUACAUCACCACACCUGAAAGCAGGCAUCAGACCAGCUUGCCAACCUGUGGCGUAGACUGUUUGCUACAUGGAGCUCGUUCCAGCCACUCCCCAUUACCCUGCAAAUGUGCUUUUCCAGACUGAUCCAACUGCAGAGAUGGCAGCUGAGUCAUUGCCUUUCUCCUUCGGGACACUGUCCAGCUGGGAGCUGGAAGCCUGGUAUGAGGACCUGCAAGAGGUCCUGUCUUCAGAUGAAAAUGGGGGUACCUAUGUCUCACCUCCUGGAAAUGAAGAGGAAGAAUCAAAAACCUUUACCACUCUUGACCCUGCUUCACUGGCUUGGCUGACUGAGGAGGAGCCAGAACGAGCAGAGGUCACAAGCACCUCCCAGAGCCCUCGCUCUCCAGAUUCCAGUCAGAGCUCCCUGGCUCAGGAGGAAGAGGAGGAAGACCAAGGGAGAACCAGGAAACGGAAACAGAGUGGCCAUUCCCCAGCCCGGGCUGGAAAGCAGCGCAUGAAGGAGAAAGAACAGGAGAAUGAAAGGAAAGUGGCACAGCUAGCUGAAGAGAAUGAACGGCUCAAGCAGGAAAUCGAGCGCCUGACCAGGGAAGUAGAGGCGACUCGUCGAGCUCUGAUCGACCGAAUGGUGAAUCUGCACCAAGCAUGAACAAUUGGGAGCAUCAGUCUUCCACUCAGGCCACACUACCCACCUUUCCCAGAAGUGGCUACUGACCACCCUCUCACUAGUGCCAAUGAUGUGACCCUCAAUCCCACAUAUUCACGGGGAAGGCUUGGAGUAGACAAAAGGAAAGGGUCUCAGCUUGUAUAUAGAGAUUGUACAUUUAUUUAUUACUGUCCCUCUCUAUUAAAGUGACUUUCUAUGA